UUGCAUGAGUUUGAGCGUCCCCUGAGAAGGGAGGUGUGUGCAGAGCAAGGCACGGCUAGAAGGAGGCGAGACCCCAGAAGAUGCACACCACCCAGAAGGACACCACCUACACCAAGAUCUUCGUAGGGGGGCUGCCCUACCACACCACCGACUCCAGCCUCAGGAAGUACUUCGAGGUGUUCGGAGACAUAGAGGAGGCAGUGGUGAUCACUGACCGGCAGACCGGCAAGUCCAGAGGCUAUGGCUUUGUUACAAUGUCUGACCGAGCUGCUGCAGAAAGGGCAUGUAAAGAUCCCAAUCCAAUAAUUGAUGGGAGGAAAGCUAAUGUGAAUCUUGCAUACCUGGGAGCCAAGCCCCGCAUAAUGCAGCCAGGUUUUGCAUUUGGGGUUCAGCAGAUUCACCCAGCACUUAUACAGAGGCCUUUUGGGAUUCCUGCACAUUACGUAUACCCUCAUGCCUUUAUGCAACCAGGAGUAGUAAUUCCUCAUGUGCAACAGACGGCUGCCACAUCGACGAGUCCAUACAUUGACUACACGGGGGCUGCCUAUGCCCAGUAUUCUGCUGCUGCCGCUGCCGCCGCUGCUGCCUACGAUCAAUACCCCUACGCAGCUUCUCCAGCUGCUACAGGAUACAUGACCACCGCAGGCUAUGGCUAUGCAGUUCAGCAGCCACUUACCGCUGCAGCUCCAGGAACUGCUGCAGCAGCUGCUGCCGCCUUUGCCCAAUACCAGCCACAACAGCUGCAGGCUGACCGAAUGCAGUAGCACUUAGACUUUUGAAGUUCUCGACGACUAUUUUUUCUUUUUUGUUUUCGGCCUUCCAGUUUCUAUAGAUGAGACCAUAUCAGAUUAGGCUCUAUGGCUUUAAGGAGAAAGUGACUUCUUUUGGAGAGAAAAAUAACAGUAUUCCAGCUUCUGUAUGUAGUAUGCAUCCGGCUUACUUUAGGAGGUGUGUUUCAGGCAUUAAGGAACUCCUGUGGUUUGUUUUCCUGAAAAAGAUGUCAGAAUUUAUAAACUAUACAGAUUAUAUUUUUACAUCAGGAAAAAACAAAACUGCCUUUUAUUAAUCUGAGAAAAAAAUAUAUAUUUUUCCUCCUUUUACAAAUGUUUGAACCAGGGAAAUAUCAAUCAGCAAUAUGUAGCCUGUACAAAGCAAAGUUUUCAAAGCACAAAAUGCAUGUAACUCUCACACUGACCAACUGAAUUGUGUAGGUGAGAAACGUGCAGUAAGCAUUGAUGCGUUGGAGGCACAUGGCCAACUGGUCACAUGACAAUGGAUAGGCACCAAAGCUAUUUUCUCAUCUUUCCUCUAUAUAAGUGGAACUAUAGAACAAGUGAUGUGGAAUGAACGGGUGCAACAGCUGUACAGACAAUCAAUACCAGACCGUUCUGGAGAGAACACAUCACUUGUGCGUAUUUGAUGAGCUUGUCACAUUCUAAUCCCUCUCCCCAUCCUGUUUCGCUUUUGGGAAACUCUAACUGCUGGUGUCAGCUAUUCUGAUUCUGAAAUAGGAUCAGCCCCUUAUUACCACAGUCUAUUUAUUACACCUAUUCAUAGCUUGUGAAUGACAACAGGAAGAUACUUGCAGAGGUUAACCCUUUAAGAACUGCUUUUUUUAGAAAGAAAAGGCUCCCCAUGUUUGAGUUGUAGG